CUCUCCUGGCUCCGGGAGCAGAGUGGGGCUGGUGGGUCAGAACCUCACUUUUCCCCUAGCAGAGGCCAUGGCCAGUUUCUCGCUGGGCCUUGGCUGUGAGUGGGGAUCAAGCUGGGGGGCUGCGCUCAGUCCCUGGAGCCUGCCCUGGGGGAGGGAACCUGUAUCAGGCCUUUUCUCCCUUCCCUGAGCAGCUCCCCAUCCCCAUCCAUCCUGCAGCUUCCCUUCCCAGCACCGCCCUUCCCCUGCGCAGCCAGCUGCGUCCGGAGCUGGGGGAGCCGAACUUGGAGCGGGAUAAGAAAGGGGGCGUGGCUUUCGUGACGUCAUCAGCCAAUGAGCGCUGCAGGUCAGUGUGAGUGGCAGCUGCGCUGGCCAAUUGGAGCGGGGCUCAGCGCUACGCGGGCUGCGGGAAAGAUGGCAGCGCUCGCGGCAGCCUCCGUGUAUGAGCAACUGAAGGAGCUGCGCUGCCCCCUGCUGGACGGAGUUUUCCUGCCCGAGCCUGGGGCGGCCCUGGGGCUCCUCUGCGCCCCCUCGGCCCAGCGCCUGGAGCUGCUGGCCUGGCUCUGCGCCCGGUACCGGACCCCCCCACUCACCCUGGCCCCCAGUGCGAACCCCCCCCUCCGAGACCAAUUCGCCACCCUCACGGACUCGCAGACGGAGGAGAAAACUCAAGAAAUGGCCAAACUGGGCUCCGACCUGCUGCUGUGUCGAUCCGACGAGCUCGAUCUCAUUAAGGGAGAGGCCAGUGCCGAGCGGCAGCUCCGGUUCAUGGAGCAGCUGCUGGAUGUGAUCCGGUACCUGGACGCCAUCACUGGGACGGACUCUGGGGACUCGACCACCUCCAGCAGGGCGGAGUCGCUCCGGGGGGCCGCGAGGAGGAAUGAGGAGUUCCUGCGCGAGGUCUUCUCCAGCCCCAGUUUGUCGGCCUUGCUGGCCCCCACCCUGCCCCCCUGCACCGCCGACAUCAAGCCCCUGCUGCUGGAGGAGCCAGCCCCCCCCACGAGGAGCCGGCUGUCAGGGAGAUCCAGUGGGAAGAUGCUGGCUGAGCUCUCCAGGACCCUGGAGGAGGCGAACGCCUCACUGGAGCGGCUGAGCGCAGAGAGCUCCGCCCUGCGGGGGGGCGCGGAGCCCCUGGCCCCUGGCCUGGCCCUGCAGACCCUGGCGCUGGCGGCCUGCGACUCGCACCAGCUGAUGGGGGCCUUCGGGCAGGUGUACGAGACGGAGCUGCGGGAACACUGCGGCCGCGGCCCCGCCCCACAGCUCAGCCCCUGUGGGCCCCUGGCCCAGCAGCUGCACCAGGCCCUCACGCUCUGCACCCAGGGGCUGCAGGCGGUGGCCCAGCUGAGCGACACCUCGGAGCAGGCGGUGCAGACGGCGGAGCGGAGACACGGCCCCCCAGCGACGCUGCGUAAGUUGCCCCAGAGCAGGCAGAGAACCCAGGCGUCCGGGCGGGGCUCGGGGGCAGCUGCUGAACUGACGUGAAUUGUUUCUGUUCCAGCCGCGAAGAUGGAGGAGCUGCGCCGGCGCUACCAGGCCCGGCUGGCCGCUGCCGGGGGGCUGCCGGGGUGACCCCAGGGCUGGGCUGGGGGGCUCCAGGGCCCCCAACCCACGAGGGAGCUGCUGUCCCGCUGUUCCUGGGAUAAUAAAAGAGUCAUUAAUGAUCAACUACUGGUAAUGAUCCCAGAUCGCCCCCCCCAAGGAGCUCACUCUGACAGAUCAUCGUUCCCCUUUCCCAGCCAGGGAAACUGAGGCAGGGCCCAGGGAGGAGAUGGCGGCAGCUGGGCCAGGAAGGGAACCCAGGUGUCCUGCAGCUCUGCUCCUCGCCCCGCCCCCGCUUCGAGAUCCCUGCA